UCUAGGUAGUAAACCAAAAUUGCAACGCACUAAUUUCAUUGGCAACAAACAACUUAUUUUUUGUGAUAGUGUAUUAAAAAAUCAAGUAGAAAGAUUAACUAGUUUGAUCCAAGAUACUAAAGUCAUUAAUCUCGGUGAUUUAAAAUUGGAGCUUAAGAAAAUAGAAGAGGAGAAUUUAAAUUACAAGUUAGAUGUUACUAAAAGUAAUCUGGAUGAAAAUGAUCAGUUGUGGUUGGAAAAUUUAGUAGAAGCACAUCAAGAAGUUUUACAGAAUAACAGCACUUAUGCCCGUAAACAAUUAGAAAAAUGUAAAAAAAAAUUAUCUGAGGUGCUAACUGAUGAAGAAAUCCAAGAUAUUUUGGGUAAAAAAGCAGAAAUUAAUGAGUUGGAAAUCCAAUUAAAUAAUUUCGACAACUUAUCUUUAAAUGAUU